UAUAAAUACAAUUUUAUAAAUAAGAAGCACAAAUGAAACCAGUGAGUUCAAAAUAUCAAAUACAAAUUUAAAAAAAGUUACAAACAAUUAAAAAUUCAUAAUCAAAAAACAAAUCGAAGAUAAACUACCUCAAGAGCAGUGAGCGAGUGUACAAAAAAAAAAAGAAAAAGAAAAACAGUUAAAGAACUAUACAAAGUUAAAGGAACCCCCCUUCUCCUUAACUCCCCCCUUUGAAGUAGUUCCCCUCUCCAACCCAAAAAGCGAGCAGCGCAGCAAGCCAAAGAGCUGCGCAGCCAUGCAAGUGUUCGGACUUAAAUGGCGUCUUCAAUAAUCGCACAGAGCAGCACCGGCGGUCCCGUCGAUCCCACAGCAGCAGCAACCAGCAGCAGCAACAGCAGCAGCAGCAACCUGUUGCCAGCAAUCUCAGCAACUGUUGCAUCCGCAGCUGCCGAUCUGCAUAAUACGCAUCUCAAUCAGCUGAGCAGCUUGAGUCAACAUUAUACGACGCCGUAUCAUCAUCAUCAUCCGCAUCCACAUCAUCAUCACCAACAGCACUACCAACAGCAGCAGCAGCAACAUCUGCAACAGCAGCAACAACAACACUAUCAGCAAACUCCUUUGGCGGAGCAGCAGCAACAACAUUGGGAUUACUAUGCACGCCAGCAACCAGCGGCAGCAACCACCACGAAUGGCAAUGCCAGCAACCAUGUUGCAACUCCUUUGGGCAGCAGCAGCAGCAACACUGCAAAUGGCAAUGCGGCCAGCCUCAGCAAUGGCCACAGUCAUGCUCACAGCAACAGUCACAGCUUGGCUCACAGCCAACAACAACAACAACAUGAUGAACAUGCCGUUGCUGCUGCCACCGCCGCCGCCACAGCAGCAGCAGCAGUAAGCACCAGCAACAGCAACAACAAUACGAACAGCACUAACAACAACUCGAAUCCAAACUCGAAUUCGAAUUCCAAUUCCAACGGCAGCUACACACGUCCCUGGGAAAUGGAGUCCAAGGAUCAGCAGCCACCAACUGCACAGCAGCAACAACAACAGCAGCAACAACAGCAGCCGAAGAGCGGCUUCGAACCCUUCUCGAAGUUGCCCUCAUUCCAGAGUCAAUUCCACGGCUACAACGAGCAACUGUUGCCCGAUGGCACACCGAUGCCGUUGCCCACAGCAGCCGCUGCCCAAGCAGCAGCAGCCGCAGCAGCAGCCGCUGCACAAGCAGCCAACACAGGAGCAACAUCUCUGCAAACUGUGGCCAUGUCUCCAGCGAGCAUCUCCGUGAGUUCGCCUGGAAUGAUGAGCGUGGGAUCGCCGCUCACUCAACUUCCAGGCAUGCAGACGAGCAUCACGCCCCCCUCGGGCAGUUUCACGCCCUUGGGCGCGCCUCCGCCGCCGCCGAAUGCAUUUCAUCACAUGCACUCGCAUCAUCGCGGCGCUGCAGCCGCUGGUUAUCCUUUGAUGCCGGCUGCAGCAGCAGCCACAGCCGCAUUUGGGGAUCUUCAGUUGUAUCAACCGUUGACGCCAGGCUUUGCUCCGCUGGUGAAGAAGGAGACAGCAGCUGGAGGGGAUUACGAUAUGCUAACGGGCAGCAUGCUGCUCAAGAAGGAGGACUUUGAUCUCAGCAACAAUGGCAACAACACGUUGCAGCAGCAACAUCACCAGCAACAACAACAUCAUCAACAGCAGCAGCAGCAACACUUGCAACAACAGCAGCUGCAUCAGCAACAUGGCCUCGGACUGGGCGUGGCUGUGGGCAUGCAUACGCCCAGUUCGUAUGACGGCAACAACAGCAACAGCUUUCCGCAUGCGGCCAGCAGCAGCGGCAGCCACACGCCCCAUACAACACAACCGCACACGCCAACGCCGAGCACAACAUCAACAACCACAGCGGCGGCAGCAACCACAACGCCCCUCAAGGUGGAGAAGUUGCUGCAAUCGCCCAUUGCAAGGCUGGACGCCAGGAAAAAGGAACGACGGAAACAACGUCCGAAUUCAUUGGAAUCGAGUGCUGAGAGCGAGGCAAGUGGAAUGGAUGUGGAUCCCAGUGGCGGGAAUCCGGGGCAAGUGGAUGCUGUAUCGAGUACGGCGAACUUUAAGAGUCCGUUGAGUGCUCUGGGCAUGGGCGAUAGCAACGAUGCAACGAAUGCGAAUGGAUGCGAUAAGCAGGAACACCCGACCAUAACCUACCCACAACAACAACACCUUGACUACCAUGAACUAUUAUCCAAUCACAAUCACCAACACAAUCACAACUCCAAUCACAACACCAACACCAACUCCUUCUCUUCUGCUUGUUCCGCCUCUGUAUUGCAGUCGAAGAAGAAGAGGAAACGCUGCGGCGAAUGCGUCGGAUGCCAACGCAAGGAUAACUGCGGCGAAUGCGCUCCAUGCCGCAACGACAAGAGUCAUCAGAUCUGCAAGCAACGUCGCUGCGAGAAGCUCACCGAGAAGAAGGAACCCAAAGCCAAACCCAUCAUUUAUGGUGCCGACGGCCAACCCGUUCGUCCAGAUGCGAAGCGUGGACGCGGCAAGGGCAAGUCAAGUGGCGCCAAUGCCACCGCGAAUGCCACCGCAGUUGCCGCUGGCAAUGGAACACCAACAACUGGGUCACGCGCCCGCAAAACCUCCACCAAAGCAAAUAAACUGAAUGCAGCCGCUGCCGCCGCAUCAGCAACAUCGCCACGUCUAAGUCCAGUGCCUGCAGCAACACACUUGCCGCAGCAAUCGCCAAAUACAACAACUGCAGCAGCAACAGCAGCCGGUGCCAGCUUGCAACAGCAGCAACAGUAUCAGCAGCAGCAACACUUGCAACAGCAAUUGUUGUCACAUCAGCAGCAGCAGCAACAGCAGCAAGUGCAACAGCAGCAACACUAUCAGCAGCCGCAGCAACACUUUCAACAGCAGCAGCACUUGCAACAGCAGCAGCAGCAACACCAGCAGCAGCACGCACAGCAGCAACAGCAACAGCAACAACAUUUGCAUCAGCAACAGCAUCAAAUAACCGCACAAAUACAAACCAUGAAGGAUCAACCACAACAACCCAUGGCACCCAUGGCCUUCUAUCCCACAUGGCAGGCGGAUCCAUCGCAGGGCUGGCAGAACCAGUUCAUACAGCAAAUACCACAGAAUACUCCAGCCUCACUCACAUCGCUCAACUCAUUGGAUUUCCAGACACAGUCCUACGCCUAUCCAUCAAAUGGCUACGUGCAGACCGGUCUCGGCUUCGAUCCCAACUACGGCCGUUCACCGUACGGUGCGCCCGUCCAGCGCUACGACUUCCAGAGCCAACAGCUCUCGAGUGCGCCCAUCAAUCAGGUGGGACUGCAGAGUGUGGCCGCUGGCUUUGCGCCCGGCGGCGUUAGCUAUGCCGGACAAGUGUCGACGGCGCCGGCGCCACCAGCCGUUGGCCUGCAGCAGCAGCAGCAACAACAGCAGCAGCAGCAGCAACAGCAUCUCGGUGGUGAUCUGGGCAAGAGCAUGUCGGGAAACGACACGCCUGGAUAUCCGCGGGUGAGCAGCGUGCCGCCGCGCUCACUCAACUGUAACGGGUAUCCAGGCGACUACAGCGGUUCUCAGCAACAACAGCAACAACAACAAUCACAACAACAACAACAGACAGCGUCGGCAGCAGCCAGUGUUGCUGCCACGCCCACAGCAGUGCCAGCUGCCAAUGCAGUGCAGCAAGUUGUGGCACAACCAGCCAGCUCUCCCAUGCAGCCGCAGACGGUGCCUCAAUCGCCCACACGCAGUCUCAUCCAACAGCAGCAACAACAGCAGCAACAGCAGCCACGCCUUGUUUCGCAAUCGCCCAGCCAGGUGCCGCCCUCGCCCAAUGGCAACGGGCUGCAACCGUAUGGAAGCAGCGUGCAACAAACGCAUCCUCACUUGGGUUCGCCGCCCAUGCAAGACUGGAACUGGAGCAAUCAGCAGCAACAGCAACAGCAGCAGCAACAUGCGCCCACGGCAGCACAGCAGCAGCAACAGCAACUCAGCAGUGAUGGCUAUGCGUCACAGGGUCAGGGACAGGGCGAACGCUUGCAUCUGAAUACGCGCAUCAAGUCGAUGAUAAUGCGCAAGAGCGAUUCGAAGGAUGCACCACCCGAUAUACAGGGGCUGCAGGGACAGGCGACAGCGCCAUCUGUCGCCCAGCAGCAGCAACAACAGCAGACCGGUCAUUUUUUAUCGUAUAGCCACCAUCUCCGGCCCGAGACGGCGCUGAGCGCCAAUGGGUCGAGCAGCGUCACGCCCACGGGCGCUUUGGGCGUUGCCGAACCCAUCGGAGGUGGUGGCGAUCAAAUCUGGAAGCCGCAUCACGCCAACUCAUUUAAGAAACCGAGUAUCGUUGGCAACAGCGGCUACGCGAGCAAUGACCAUCAGUUGCAGCUGCAGCUGCAACAACACCAGCCCGGACAACACACAACCAUCAGCCAUGUGCCCGAGGUGCCGCCCCAAGCCACAGCCAUGCCAGCCAUGCCCAUCCAGCCACAGCCACAGCCUCCUGUGCAGCCGCAGCCGAAGAAGUCGCGCAGUCGCAGCAAGGCAAGUCGUGCAGCAGCCGCUGCAGCCGAAGCUGCUGCCGCUGAGAUCGAAAGGGAUCGCAAUGCCAAUGACCCGGGUGGCGGUGGCGGUGUCGGAGGAGGAGGAGGAGGACUUAAGGCGCUUGGCGCUCACUAUCCACCGCCUCCGGGCAGCACUCAGGACUAUCAUCAUGGGCAGUACAUCAAGACGGAGCCGGGACUCUUGCCACCGGGUGCCCCGCCAGGCGGCCAGCCCAAUAAAAUGGAGGGCUACGAACGCAACUACCAAAACUUCAUACAGUAUGCGGACUUUUGCCAGAACGACGGCCAGGGACAACCGGUGCAGCAGCAUCAGCAGGACUAUGCCGGCUAUCAUCACAAUUCGGCAUAUUACGGCGCCGGAGCGGGCAGCUUUCAACAGAACUUCCAGCAGAGCUUUGUGCCCGGCUAUCAGGCAGCGGCCGCGUACGGAAGUCGCGGCAAGCCUCCGUCGAAUGCGGCGCAUCAUGGCGCCCACGGACAUGGGCAUGGCAAUAGUAUGUUAGAGCUGGAUCGCAAGCCGGACACCAAUAGCAUCAUACCACUGCCCACCAACUAUGAGAAGGAUAUACCAGCGCACGCAUAUCCCAUUCCGGCGCAUCGUUAUGCUCUUGGGCAUGGCGCACCGCCGCCGCCUCAUCUCAGCCAUCACGGCAUGCUCGAGCCGAAGAUCGAGGAUAUGGGCAUGCUGGGACACGGCCACGGGCAUGGCUAUGCCUAUCUGGGCGAUGGGAAGCCCCUCAACAAUGGCUUCUCCUGCUGUCGUCAGGGAGGCACGAGACCGCCCACGGCGGAACAUCUCAAGGAUGGCACCUGCCUCGGUCUGGGCAUUCAGCCGAAGGAGGAGCUGCUUGACGAGGAGGAAAUGGCUGAGGCGCAUAAUGGCGUCAAGGCCAAGUCAAAGAAACAAAAACCGGACGAAAUACCCGAGAUUGUUGUGAAGCAUGAGAAAAUCAAUCCCAUGUAUGAUACAACGGAUCGCCUGGAGAAGGGCAACAAGACGGAAAUACCCGAGUGCGAGUGCUUCCAAUCCGACAAGAAUCCGCCCGAACCGGGCACUUACUAUACACAUCUGGGCACUGCAUCCACGUUGAUGGAGCUGCGUCGCGAGUUUGAGGAUCGUUGCCAGCUGACGGGACGUCAGUUGCGCAUCGAGAAGAUCGUUUAUACGGGCAAGGAGGGCAAGACCUCGCAAGGUUGUCCCGUAGCCAAAUGGGUGAUCCGACGCGCAGAUCCCGAGGAGAAGAUCCUGGUGGUGGUCAAGAAGCGACCCGGUCACAGAUGCAUUGCUGCGUACAUUGUGGUGUGCAUGGUGGCCUGGGAUGGCAUGCCACGCUUAGAAGCGGACAAUGCCUACAAGAACUUGAUACCGAAGCUCAACAAAUACGGCCUGCCGACGACGCGCCGCUGUGCCACCAAUGAGAAUCGCACCUGUGCCUGCCAAGGUCUGGAUCCAGAGACGUCAGGCGCCUCAUACAGCUUUGGCUGCAGCUGGUCCAUGUACUACAAUGGCUGCAAGUAUGCGCGCUCCAAGACCGUGCGCAAAUUCCGACUGUCGGUCAAGAGCGAGGAGGCGGCAAUUGAGGAUCACAUGAAUCUGAUUGCCACACUCCUGGCGCCAGUCUUCAAACAGGUCUGCCCGCGUUCCUAUGAUAAUCAAACCAAGUACGAGCACGAAGCAUCCGAUUGCCGACUCGGUUUAGAGCCAGGCAAACCCUUCUCGGGUGUGACAGCCUGCCUGGACUUUUGUGCGCAUUCGCAUCGCGAUCUGCACAACAUGCAGGACGGUUGCACGGUGCAUGUGGCACUGCUGAAGCCGAACAAUCGCGACAGUCGCCUGCCCGACGACGAGCAGUUCCACGUCCUGCCUCUGUACACCAUGGAUGGCACGGAUGAGUUCGAGAGCGUCGAGGGGCAGCGCGACAAGCAUCGCACCGGCGCUGUGCAAAUGCUGGACAAAUUCCCCUGCGAAGUACGUGUGCGUUCCACACCGCUGAUACCUUGUCGCCGACACGGCAAGAAGCGCAAAGAAGACGAGUCUGCGACGCCGGAUGGCGAGCAAGAUGCCGCCGCCGAUGGCAGCAGUCAGAGCUCCAGCAAUGGAGCUCAACAACCCCAGCAGAGCAGUCCGCCCGCCCUGACAACCGCCGCCACGGCGCACAUCAAAAAGGAGAACGGCGCCAGCAAUGGCAACAGCAGCAGCAACAACAGCAGCAGCGGCAGCAACAACAGCAAGUCAAAGUCCAAGUCGAAGUCAAACAACUCCAGCGCCUCAACGCCCGGCUCAGCGCCGCCAACGACGCCCUCGCCUCGCUGCCAAACUCCAGUGACGAACAAUCCCAGUCCGGCGGGCAGCGCGUUCAGCACGCCGCCCGUCAAUCAGCACUCCGCGGGCAACCCGAAUGCCAACAGCAAUGCAACAACAGCGGGAGGCGUGGCACCGCCUGGCGGUCAACCCAAUCAGCUAAUGAGCUCGAACUCGAGCCUGAUGAACAUGGCCACCAUGAUCGACACCUUCACCGAUGCCCAGCUGCAAUCGAAUCAGAUCUCGAGCACAGUGCUCGACUCGCCGUAUUCCUAUGACUAUCAGACGGGUUCGUACAUCGACUCGCGCAACUACUACGGCAACUGGCCGCCACAUGCCAUGGGAAUGUCCGCCGGAAGCGCUGCGUUGACGCCCACGACGCCGACGGCGCCGCUGGUGCAGCAUACGCACACUGUGACACCGCCAACGGCAGCAGCAGGAGGCGUCACAGCAGCAACAGGUAUUGCAGCAACAGUUGCACCCACGGCAGUGGCUGCCACGGCGUUGCCAGCAACCACUCCGGUGACGCCAACGCCGGCGCAACACGAUGCGAGCAAUGGUUACACUCCGAGCUACAACAAUCUGACAUCGCCAGCGCUGGGACAACAGCAACAACAGCAGCAACAACAACAGCAGCAGCAACAGCAACAGGUGCAACAUCAGCAGCAACAAGUGCAGCAGCAGCAACAGCAGCAGCAGCAACAACAGCAGCAGAGUGGUGUCGAUGUCACGGCCGUUGUGAGUGGUGAGCUGAAGAGUCGCGUCAGCGAGGAGAAUCCCGACUCGACAACGUUGGUGAAUCACUCCCUAGCCGAGAGUAAGUUAACCGCCUUGACAGCCAUGCAACCCAUGACUAAUCUAGCACCACCACUUCAUCACCACCACCUCAACCACCACCAACCACCACCAUCACACCAUUUCCAUGCCACACCACCAACAACUCUACAACCACCACCACCACCACACCAUCACCAUCAACACCACCAUCAUCAUCCACCACCAACAUCACCGCACACGCCAGAGGGUUUCGUCAAGCCAAAGCCACCGCCCAGCGAUUAUCAGUAUACGCAGUAUCCGAACAACUAUCAGAUGUAUCCGCCACCGCCGCCACCACCGCAUUCGGCCUACUCCGCCUACGAUGCCUACCAGAACAUGAACUACAACUACGGCUACCAUCAUCAGGCGUAUUCACCCUACGGCAUGUAUCCGCAGCAGACGCCGCCCCCGACGCCGCCUCCGCCCUCGCCCAACUGGAAUGUCUACGGACAUCAUCAGAGCAGCGGAGGUUAUGGUGCAACAGGUGGCGCCUCUGCUGGUGGCACAUUGCUGGCCACACAUGGCGCAGUGCCCUCAGCGGCUGCCACGUUGGUGAAGCCUACGCUGCCCACAGUGUCGCCUCUGCAACAACAGCAGCCACAGCAACAACAGCAGCAGCAACAACAACAGCAGCAGCAGCAACAGUUGCCGGUGACGCCGCCGCAAACCAUAUUGCCGGACUUGAGCAACGGUCAGCUGGCUGUGGAGGCAACAGUCACGCCCACAGCGGUGCCCGAGGUGCCGCCUCCGGGUGGCAAUAGCAACAACAGCAACAGCAGCAAUAGCAACAGCAGCAGCGAUGCCAAUGGCAACACAGCCGCUGCAGCGGCAGCGGCAGCAACAGCUGCUGGCAACACGUCAGCAACCACAACUGUGGCGCCAGCCAGCACCAAUUCGAACAAGAUCGAACCCAUUGGGGAGGUGGCCGAGAUCAAUGAGAACAUCGAGGCAUUUCAGGAUCCCCAAAUGGGAGGCGUGGCCAUUGCGCUCAAUCAUGGCAGCGUGCUGAUCGAGUGUGCCAAGCAUGAGAUGCAUGCAACGACAGCGGUGCGACGUCCGGAUCGCCAUCAGCCGACGCGGAUGACGCUCAUCUUCUAUCAGCAUCGGAAUUUGAAUCGUGCGCGGCACGGCAUCGAUGAGUGGGAGGAGAAGAUGCGGGUGAAGAAGAUCAACACGGACCUCGACAACAAAGCCAAAGAGGAGCGCGAACGUCUGCUGAAGAAGGCCGCCGGCGAGGAUGAUGACGACGAGGAGAUGCACGACGAUCAGUUGGCGACGACGGCGACGUCGGCGACAACGGCGCCAACGUUGCCCAGCAUCAAGAAGGAGACGAAUGGCGGCGCUGUCAAGAAUGGCGCCAGUGGGAGUAAAAAAACGACAAUAGUAAAAAGUCGCAAGCCAACAACAACAACAAUAACAACAACAGCAGCAACAAUAAUAACAACAACAACAACAACAGCAGCGAGCAGCCAAAAAACGAGAAAGUUGCCCUCCACGCACCAACACUAA